AUGUCCACCUCUCCCGCUGCUGUUCCCACCACCCCGAGCCUUCACACGGGGGAGUCCUACCAGGAGAAGGCUUGGAGAAAAUUCAGAGAACAACCAUUAGUCCCUAUUGGUACUCUUGUGACAUGCAGUGCACUGAUAAUUGCAGUGGUGAAAAUGAGACGCGGUGACUCCCAAUCUUUGAACAACUGGCUACGUGUUCGCGUCAUCGCUCAAGGUGCAACUAUCGCCGCUGUUUGUGCAGGAACCUAUGUAAUGAGCUCGAAUGCCGGUGAUGAAACGAAACAGACGAGACAACUCGACGAGAUACAGGCGCAUAGGGAAUCUCGUGCCGGCAGGGAGCGAAAGGAGUUUGAGGACCGCCUAAAAGAUGCGGAAAAGCAGUGGAAAGAAACUCAAGAGGCUGUAUCAGGGAGGGAUUUGAACACGAAUAUUGCCAAGGGAAGUUUCGACCUCCAAAGCGGUUGA